AUGUAUACUUUUUCCAUUGGUUUCUCCACCCUGUUCUUUUUUUUUCCUCAGAGAUCAUCCAAAAUUUUGCGGAAGGACUUGAUAGGCAGCAUGUCUGAGGAAUCUUUCACGGUGACCGGCAAUGUGCAAUACUACCAGAGGUUCUGCCUCGACAACCUGGGUAGGCCGUUGGUGGAUGGCAACCCACAGCUCACUGCAGGAUGGGACGUACCAUCUUAUCCUGUGAUAUUCCACGAGGCGCUUCCAAUUGAUGAGACUGAGAAACCAAAUCAGAAUCGAGCAAAACGCAGUAAAGCAACCUGCUGGAACUGUGGCAAAGAAGACCAUUCGCUACGGGAUUGCCCCUACCCGAGAGAUCCUGUCAAGAUCAGCAUGGCCAGGAAAGAGUUUAUGGAUAAGGGCCCUGUGAACCUCUCGCUGCAACAGCGAUACCAUCACGAUGGUGAGGAGGGAGGUCGGGACCAUCGAUUCAACCAUUUCAAACCGGGUCAGAUCAGCGACAAUCUUCGAGAAGCCUUGGGCCUGGACCAGGACAGCAUUCCUCCUUACAUCUACCAGAUGCGGGGGCUAGGUUACCCACCUGGCUACCUCAAACAUGCCGAGGUGCUGAAGUCAGGACUAACGGUGUAUGACAUGAAAGAUGGAGAUGAACCUGGACAGAUCGAAUCGGAUGAGACUAACGCCCGGCCGACUUACGAUCCUUCCAAGCUGAUCGAAUACCCAGGAUUCAAUGUAGCACUACCAGAAGGCGUCAGAGAUCCCCACGGUGUGCCCCCGAUGCACCCUGCCCACAGCAAAGACGCCUAUCAAAUGUUCAUGACUCCGCCCAGGGCGGAGUCAUCUGACAACGGGCGCAAGAGAAGAGGCAAGGACUUUGGGGAAGACCCCAGCAAGAAGCGACCGCGAUCGGACAGAGAGGACAUUGACAUGGACUUGGAAACACCAGAUGCCAGGAAUGGUGAUUCCCUCGAAGGUACUUCAGCCUUCAAGCCCCCGUUACCCCCCACUCCAAUACCUGAGACUCCGCCCCCUUUGCCAACCUCCACUCCCCCAGCCACACCCGGCAACACGCCAAGGUUGACAUCUGCGGACACACCUAGCGAGUUUCCCUCUGUCGACAGCCCAAGCCAGUCCUCGUCCACGCCGCGCUCAAUGUCGCCCUCUAUAGACGACCUGCAGCUCAUGCAGAGCCGGCUGCGCGAGGCCCUGAUGCAGGCGGCGGCCGAAGACGGAAGCAGCGUGCCGUCCGACACCGACGCCAGCGACCGGUUUGUGGUGGACGGGGAGGAGUUCAUCGUGGAGUCGGUGUCAGAUGACGAUGUCGAAGAGACUCCAGAAGGAGCUUCUCAAGUAAAUGAUGAUGUCCCCAAUGUGUUGAAAAUCACGGAGGAAAGUGAGCCAAGAACACUUGAAGAUGACGAACAAGGUCACCUACCGGUACCAACUGAGAAAGAAAUCAACAUAAAGACAUCUGACGACGCCGCAGAUGAAGCAGUGAAUGCAAGCGCAGAACAGCAGACUUCUGACGCAGCAGGAAGCAGCGAGGAUCUGGAGCCAGGAGAAACGGCCGACGGCGGUUUGGAGCCGGGAGAGAUAGCCGACAGCAGCCUGGACGCGACCCCCAACCGCUCAGGGGUGCCACAUAUCAGCAAGUUUGCCGUGGGGAUCUCUCCCCACGAGAACGAGAACAUGUCUGAAGGGACGGGGAUGCUGAGGCGAAUCAUGAGCAUCUUCAAGAGGAAAAAAGACAAGCCUUCAAGCUGAGACGGACCUGUGCGUGGGAUGUUGUGAACAGUAGAGAUCCUCUCCAAAAGACUUGAUCAUGAAACCGUUUUUUUAAAGGUACAGUCCAUCAUUUGUAAUUUGUGCAUUUUGUUUGUUUGAAAUAACAAAGGUGCUCAAAAUCUAAUGAAGGGUGCUGAACAACUAACCUGAUGAACUUUCA